AUGGAUCCUAUACUCGGCCAGAGCUACGGCUACGGCUUUGCCGUGGGGUUGGGUGCUGCGUUUGCUCUUCUAAUGGUGUUUAUUACUAAGGUCUUGGCUAAGUAUAUGGGCCAGGUGCAAAACUCUGAAAGAUUCACUACGGCUUCCAGAAGCGUGAAAGCUGGUCUUAUUUCGUCUGCAACUGUUUCUGCGUGGACAUGGCCUGCUACGCUUCUUUCUUCUGGUGCUUGGAGCUACCAGCAUGGUAUCAGUGGAGGGUACUUUUAUGCUGUGGGAGGAGCGCUUGAAGUAACCUUGUUUAUGUUUUUGGCUAUUCAGAUAAAGAGAAGGGCUCCAGCGGCUCAUACCAUUCCUGAGAUCUUUUAUGUGAGGUUUGGCAAAUGGGGCCACAUUGUCUUCUUGUGUUAUUGCAUGGCUACUAAUGUGCUUACCUCGGCGUUGCUUCUUCUAGGAGGCUCCCAGGCGUUUGCUAUAACCACGGGGAUGCAUACCGUUGCAGCUUCGUUUUUGCUUCCGCUAGGCGUGAUUGUUUAUACGGCUCUUGGAGGUCUCAAAGCAACGUUUGUUUCUGACUGGAUCCAUACGGUCAUUAUUUAUGGAAUCCUUCUUGCUUUGAUCUUUUACAUUUUCUGCUCGUCACCAUUGAUCGGAUCGCCAAGCAGAAUGUACGAUCUCCUUAAAGAAGCACAGAUUCUUCAUCCUUCUCCAGGAGACAGCUACCUCAGCUUCAAGGAUAAAGACAUGAACUUUCUUGCCUGGUCUGUGACUCUUGGAAACCUCUGCUCAGUGUUUGGAGACCCUGGCUAUGCCCAGCGUGCUAUUGCUGCUGAUGCUCGUUCGGUGUUUGAAGGGUACUUGAUGGGCGGUUUGUGCUGGUGGAUCAUUCCAAUGGCUUUGGGACUGUCAGCUGGGUUGGCAUGUCGUGCUCUUUUGAACAACCCUGUUUCUGUGACAUAUCCUGAUCCACUUACAGACUUUGAGGUGGAAGCUGGACUUCCAGUGAUCUAUGGAAUGACAGCUAUCUUUGGCAAAGGUGGUGCUGCAGCAGGUUUAGUGAUGCUUUUCAUGUCGGUAACUUCUGCUACUUCAGCCGAGCUCAUUGCCUUUUCUUCUGUUGUCACCUAUGAUCUUUACAGAACUUACUUCAGGCCCAAUGCAACUGGUAAAGAAUUAGUUCUUGCAGCACAUAGCUUUGUUGUGGGGUUUGGUAUAUUCAUGGCUGCCUUGGCUACAGUGUUAAACUACGUUGGUGUGACUGUGGGCUGGCUUUUAAGUUUUGUGGGAAUCCUUCUUACUCCCACAGUGAGUGUGGUUAUAUUGACACUCUUCUGGAACAGAAUGACUUCAAAGUCACUCAUCAUAGGUGCCCCUUUGGCUACACUUACUGGUGUAGCGUGCUGGAUAGGUGCUACUUACAGUUAUGGAGAUGGCGUGGUGAACAAAUCCACCCUUAUGAUUACUGAAGCUACCUUCAUUGGCAAUAUUGUUGCUUUGGGAUCAUGUCCCAUAUAUGUUGCUAUCAUAUCACUUGUGGCGCCUGAUCCAGCACCUUUCGAUAUGGAUAUUCUUGCUACUGAAAUCACCAUGGCAGAUGAUGUAGAUGAAGAAGGAAAACAAGCUGUUGUGGUUUCAGACGCAGAGAAACACCUUUUGAAGAAGCAAGUAUGGACGAGUGCAUUGGCAAACAGCAUUAUUCUCUUCGGCUGCCACAUACUUGUCCCGCUUGCAUUAUAUGGCAGCGGUUACGAGCUGACCCGAGGUGCCUUCACCUUCUUUAUUGUUGUCAACAUUGUGUGGGCGGUUCUAGCAGCAGCUUACAUUAUCAUUGUACCUCUCUGGCAAGGAAGAGAGGCCAUCAAGACGGUUUCGCUUGUCAUGCUUGGCAAAGGAGAGAAGAAGGAGGAGGUCGAAGAAGAUGACGAAAGCCAUGAGUCUGUUGAAAUCUUGGUUUCACCCAAGGGAACAGAAACAGUGCAUUCGUAG